UCUCUUGAUCUGGAUGAACUUCAGAAUGGCUGCUAAAAGGAAACGUUUUAACAUUUAAGGAUUAUACUGCUCGACAUUUCAGCAUUUGUUCCAGCCUCAACUGCUGCAGUCCUCCUCUGGAUUACUCUGGAGUACAGCUUUGGGAUUUACUUGUCACUUUAAGAUCUGUUUCACUGCUCUUGUCGGUGUAUUGGUUUUUUUAAUGAGAGGGCAAGAAACCAGCAUGCCCUGCAUUUGUUUUCCUCCACCACGCUUGUUCCCAUAAUCGGAUGUCCACGUGGAUCGUCUCAGUCUUGCGCACCUCUGGAUUUGAGUUUUGAGCAUCAUAUCAAUUGCCGACCUCACGCCCCGCUCCACCCCAAGCCUCUAAGGGCCGUUCUUGUGGCCCAGUUGAAGUGCGUUCGGGGUCGCUCCCUGCUCCCUAUGACUGUGUCGGGAAGUAGGAGAACCGCUGGGCCCGGGAGAGAACCGAGAGUUGAGGCCAGCGGAUGGAAAGCAGUGGGUGCAACCCGUUUCCUCUGUGCUGGGCACGAGGAGCCUGUGUCUACUCGUACCCUCCUCCACUGCCAAAAUAUGACAGACAGUUAGCACCCACCAAAGCCAUGGCAGCGGCUUACCUGGACCCCAAUCUGCCACAUGCCCUGAACCAGGGGGUGAAGCCUCGCUUCAGCGCAGGGAUGGAGCGAACGGCGGGUGCUCCGGAGCGCGUGCUAAAGGUCUUCCACUACUUCGAGAGCAGCAGUGAACCCUGCACUUGGGCCAGCAACAUCAGACACGGGGACUCGACCGAUGUCAGGGGCAUUAUACAGAAGAUCUUAGACAUCCAUAAAGUGAGGUGUGUGUCCUGCUUUGGUCUGCGUCUGAGUCAUCUGAGGACAGGUGAAAUUCAUUGGCUCCACCCUGAUAUGGGCGUAUCUCACGUGAGGGAGAGGUACGAACACUGUCAUCCCCAGGAUGAGUGGAGAUAUGAGCUACGGAUUCGAUACUUGCCUAAAGGAUUUUUAAAGCAGUUUACAGAGGACCAGCCAACGCUCAACUACUUUUAUCAUCAGGUGAAAAGUGAUUAUAUGAUGGAGAUUGCUGACCAAGUUGAUCAAGACAUAGCACUUAAACUGGGUUGCCUUGAAAUCAGGAGGUUUUUCAGGGACAUGCGUGGUAAUGCCCUGGAUAAGAAAUCAAAUUAUGAAUUGUUAGAGAAGGAUGUUGGUCUGCGGAGAUUUUUUCCAAAGAGUUUAGUGGACUCGGUGAAGGCCAAGUCGCUGCGAAAAUUGAUCCAGCAGACGUUUAAACAGUUUGCCAAUCUGAAUGAUGAGCAGUGUAUUCUCGGGUUCUUUGAGAUCCUGUCGCCCAUAUACAGAUUUGACAAGGAGUGUUUUAAAUGUGCUCUUGGGUCGAGUUGGGUGAUAGCUGUGGAGCUGGCCAUCGGCCCUGAGGAGGGGAUCAGUUAUUUGACGGACAAAGGCUCGAAUCCCACGCACCUGGCCAACUUCACACAGGUGCAGAACAUCCAGUUUGAGGAGCGAGAUAGGAAGGGAAUGCUGCAGUUAGAUGUGGCCGGGGCACCUGAGCCCCUGACUGUAACAACCACGACUCUGAACAUAGCGGAGAACAUGGCUGAUCUCAUUGACGGAUACUGCAGGCUUGUUAGUGGGUUGUCCUCCUCGUUUAUUGUCCGCGUACAGAAAGAGGGAGAGAGAGCGCUUCCAUCAAUCCCAAAGGCUCCAAGAUCAGCCAACCAUGAGAAACGGUUACAAGGAGUUCGGGCCAAAGCCAUCUCUGUUUCAGAUGAUAUUGAUGAUGAAACGGACGACUACGCAGAGAUUAUAGAUGAAGAGGACACCUACACUAUGCCUUCCAGCACAACAGAAUAUUACGGACUAGAAGAAGCCCGGGACUAUGAGAUCCAAAGAGACAGAAUCGAGCUGGGCCGCUGUAUAGGAGAGGGCCAAUUUGGAGACGUCCACCAAGGGAUCUACAUAUGCCUGGAGAACCCUGCACUUUCUGUGGCAAUCAAGACGUGUAAGAACUGCACCUCGGACAGUGUUCGGGAGAAGUUCCUCCAGGAGGCAUUGACCAUGCGACAGUUCGAUCAUCCUCACAUCAUAAAGCUCAUUGGCGUCAUUACGGAAAACCCCGUGUGGAUCAUCAUGGAGCUGUGCACGCUGGGAGAGCUCCGAUCGUUUCUUCAGAUUAGGAAAUACAGUCUGGAUUUAGCCUCGCUCAUCCUGUUUGCUUACCAGCUCAGCACAGCUCUUGCAUACCUGGAAAGUAAACGCUUUGUGCACAGGGACAUCGCUGCACGGAAUGUUCUGGUGUCUUCGGUGGACUGUGUAAAGCUGGGAGACUUUGGUUUGUCUAGAUACAUGGAGGACAGCUCUUAUUAUAAAGCCUCUAAAGGAAAACUACCUAUUAAAUGGAUGGCGCCAGAGUCAAUAAACUUCAGACGUUUUACCUCAGCUAGCGACGUGUGGAUGUUUGGAGUGUGUAUGUGGGAGAUUCUGAUGUACGGAGUAAAGCCAUUCCAGGGCGUGAAAAAUAACGACGUGAUUGGCCGGAUCGAGAACGGGGAACGUCUGGCUAUGCCACCCAGCUGCCCACCGACCCUCUACAGCUUGAUGACUAAGUGCUGGGCGUAUGACCCCAGCAAAAGACCCAGAUUCACCGAGCUCAAAGCUCAACUAAGCACGAUUCUCGCAGAGGAGAAGGCUCAACAGGAAGAGCGCAGCCGUAUGGAGAUGAGAAGACAGGUCCCCGUGUCCUGGGACUCUGGGGGAUCGGAUGAGGCGCCACCUAAACUGUGGUCAGUCGACUCUCUCUAUGAAAGGGUUUAUAAGCCCAGUCGACCUGGAUACCCAAGUCCCAGAUCAAGUGAAGGGUUUUACCCAAGUCCUCAGCACAUUGGCCAGCACAAUCAUUAUCAGAUGGGAGGGCACUCGGACACCCGCGGUUUGCUUACUGUUCCCGGUGGGUUGUACCCUCCACAGGGCGCAGGCACGGGACUUGAUCCGCAUGACAGCUGGAACCAUCGCAGGACUGCUCAGGAUCACAUGUGGAAUCCUGGCAUGGAGGAUGGAGUGGCUUUGAGAGGAGGUCUGUCUCAGCUGAUGGAGGAGCAGUUAUUACUGCAAAAGCAGCAGAUGGAGGAUGAUCAACGCUGGUUGGAGCAGGAGGAGAGACUACUGAAGCCUGAUGGGAGAAGUUCCAGAGGAAGCCUUGAACGUGAUGAUGGAAGUCUUCAGGGACCAACUGGAAACCAGCACAUUUACCAACCCAUUGGGAAAGUGGAGCAUCUAGCUCCUCCUAAAAAGCCUCCUCGACCCGGAGCUCCCAGCCACCCAGCAGGAGUUUCUGGCCUGAACCCUACAGAGAGCUACAAUGAAGGCGUAAAGAUUCAACCUCAGGAGAUUAACCCUCCUCCAACAGCUAACUUGGAUCGGUCCAACGAUAAGGUUUAUGAAAACGUAACGGGGCUUGUGAAGGCUGUGAUUGAGAUGUCCAGUAAAAUCCAGCCAGCUCCACCUGAAGAAUAUGUGCCCAUGGUAAAGGAAGUGGGAUUAGCUCUGAGGACGCUGCUGGCCACCGUGGAUGAGACAAUACCCUUACUCCCUGCUCACACUCAUAGAGAGAUUGAAAUGGCCCAGAAGCUUCUGAAUUCUGACCUGGCGGAGUUGAUAAACAAGAUGAAGUUAGCCCAACAGUACGUCAUGACCAGCCUGCAGCAGGACUAUAAGAAACAGAUGCUAACAGCUGCUCACGCGCUUGCUGUAGAUGCCAAGAACCUGCUGGACGUUAUCGACCAGGCCAGGCUAAAGAUGUUGGGCCAGGUGCGGCCACAUUAGCCCAGGGCUUAGGGACUUUAUUAGGAAUGAGGCAAGGGGACACCAACGUACAGCAGCACAGCAGAACGAUGCCCUAGCAACACACCAGCACAGAUUUCUACACUUGGACACAAUAGGAAUCUAAUGGUGCCCCCUUUAUUUACUCACUGACCCUCCAGUUAAAGCUACACUGCAAGUUCGGGUGCCGUGAGAAGGGCUCUGGAUUUAUUUAUUGGAUCACCCGGAUCGGACUGAACUAGACUGAAGUUAACGACAGGGCCUGACGGUUGCCUCUUCGGUGAAGCGCUUAUGUGGGGAUUUGGUGAUCUGCUUUAGGAGGAUUGUGAUUGGACGCUGAGAAGAAGGCUCUAAAUCUGGGGCUGAUCUGUGCUUUAAAAGUCUCUGGAGGAUAAAGAGACACUCUUACACUGUAUCUAAUAUGUCUGUAUUUUAUUGACAAGCCAGACCACACAAAUCUAGAAUCCAGCUCAGCUCAGGUUCUAGUUGUAGAGUCAUGAACCUUGAGCUGUAUUUUUAAGACUGUAAGUUUUGCACAGUAGAAUUUGAGAUGAGUCUGGAUUUGCAGAAUCUGGAUUUCAUGUCUCAAUCUACGUCGCAGACUCCACACUUCUCCCAUGGACUGAGAUGGAGAGUGUUGUACAUUCGGGCCUUGUGCCACCUAGAGGUAAAAUAAAGCUAUGACUGAAUUAAAAGAA